AUGAUGUUCGCGUCGUCGUCGUCGCAGUAUACCGCGUCGUACGCGCGAGGCGUAAAAUUGGUUUUCGCGGCAAAGAAGACAACAACGCCGAGGAGGAAGAGGAGGAGAGGAAGAGCGAGAGGAGCAUUUCGAGCUUCUUCGUCUUCUUCAGACGGAGAAAAAAACGGAUUGGAAACAUCAUCAACAGAAGAUGACGACGACGACGAAAGAAGAAACUUUGGAGGAAAAGCGUCGUGUUCUUCUUCAUCUUCUUCUUUCUCUCCGUUGUUGUUGUCUCUUUUAGUAGUAUUCGCGGGCGGUGUGACGACGGCGCAACCAUCGUUCGCAUCCAUCGAAGAUUCUCGGAAACAAGUCGUCCUCGACAUCGAGCGGCGUUUGGAACUCGAACGACAGGAAUCCAUCAAUAAUAACGAUAUCGAUAAAGAGAAGAGAGAACCGAGACCGAGGUGGGAAACGAAAGCGGAGGAAAGAGCGAUGAUGAUGCGAGAAUACGAUCGACUGGCGAUCCAACAAAAGGAAGAAAAAGAGGAAUUCAAUCGAAAAGCGACGGCGGUGUACGCGAGACAGGCGGCGGAGAGGAAGACGCUCGCGCGGAUCGAGAAGGAUGGCAAUCCGGACGGGCUGUCGCAAAGCGAGAAGGAACAAGUCGCGAAGGAGGAAGGUGAGAGAGCGUACGAGAUGACGAUGAACGCGAUAGACGCGUCUGAGCUGGAGUUGAAGGCGUACAAUGAACGCAUGGAAGAGAGGAGGCGGACGGCCUUGGAGAGGAACCGGGAGGAGUUGGAGAAGUUGGAAAAGAUGGAGAGGAAAGAGAAGGAGGAGAGCGAGAUUUUGGAGCAGAUUUCGAAGAACUGCGAAAAGUCCUUGGAAGACGUGAACCCGUUCGACGAUACCGUGUGUAUUUAA